AUGGAUGAACGUCUUUUGUCGGAGAUGCAUGCAAUGCAACCUGAAUUAGUUGCAAUACGUCAUGAUAUUCAUGCACAUCCAGAAUUAGCUAUGCAAGAAGUACGUACAUCAGCACUUGUCGCUGCAAAACUCAAAGAAUAUGGACUUACUGUUACUGAACAAGUUGGUCGUUAUGGUGUCAUUGCUCAACAUCGUAAUUCAUUUUUUGGUACAAUUUAUUUUAUUUUUCAACCUGCUGAAGAAAAUCUUCAAGGUGCUCUAGCUAUGAUGAAUGAUAGAUUAUUUGAACGAUUUCCAUGUGAUGCUAUUUAUGGACUGCAUACUUUAGCACAUUUACCCGUUGGAAAAUUUUUUAUACGACCUGGUCCUAUGAUGGCUGCAUCCGAUCGUUGGCUAGUAACAUUUCAAGGCACAGGAGGCCAUGGUGGAGCGACUCCACAUCUAGCGACAGAUGUUACUGUUUUACAAGCUCAAUUUAUUUUAGCAUUACAAACUAUCAUUAGUCGUAAUAUAGCAUCAACUGAUUCAGCUGUCAUUAGUAUUGGUGCUGUUCAAGGUGGUUCAUUUAGUUCACUUAAUGUUAUGCCAUCGGAAAUUCGUAUCGGUGGUACUUCUAGAACUUUUACAAAAGAAGUUCGUGAUAUAAUUGAACGACGAAUGAAAGAACUAGCUAAUGGUUUAGCUCAAAGUUUCGACUGUACAGCUCAAGUAGAAUAUAAUCGAUUUGGUACUCCACUUGUUAAUCAUGAUGAACAAACUGCACGAGCAAUUAAAGCAGCUGAAUCAUUAGUAGGUAAAGAAAAUGUUGAUGGAUAUAUAAAGCCGCUUACAGCUGGAGAAGAUUUUGCUUAUUUUCUCGAAGAAAAACCUGGUGCUUACAUGGGUAUAGGUAAUGGAAUAGGUGGUGGUUCAACACAUGCUCCCACAUUUAUUUUUAAUGAUGAAUGUAUUCCUUCUGGUGUUGGCUAUUGGAUUAGUCUAGUUCAACAAGAGCUUAAACCUUGA